UGCGUUUUAGGAACCGGCUCUAGCAUCUGCUACAAACUGACCUCAACGAUUCGAAUCUCCUCGCUUAAUACAUCGUUCAUUUGGCGUCAGUUGGCUGUUCCUCUCCUCCAAUUCCAUUCGCGGGCGACCUGCAGGCGAAGCAGAAGCUAUUCGACUUGGAUAUUUCUCCCCAAUGGCCGCGUUCCUAGCUCGCAAAUCUCUUCAGGCUCUUCGCGCUCGACAGCUUGCUGUUCCUGGACAAGCAUUGCUGGGUUUGCACAACUAUGGGAUGCGUUUCAGUGCUCACCCAUACAGCACCGUAAAAGAGGAUGAAGAAAGAGAGCAGCUUGCUAAGGAGAUUUCAAAGGACUGGAGUUCUGUUUUUGAAAGAAGCAUAAACACAUUAUUUCUCACUGAAAUGGUUCGGGGUCUGAUGCUGACACUCAAAUACUUCUUUGAUAAAAAAGUUACUAUCAAUUAUCCAUUUGAGAAGGGCCCUUUGAGCCCUCGUUUUCGUGGUGAACAUGCCCUUCGUCGAUACCCAACUGGAGAGGAACGUUGCAUUGCAUGCAAACUCUGUGAGGCAAUAUGUCCUGCACAAGCAAUCACCAUUGAAGCAGAGGAGCGAGAAGAUGGUAGCCGUAGGACUACUAGGUAUGAUAUUGACAUGACAAAGUGUAUCUAUUGUGGAUUCUGCCAAGAGGCUUGCCCUGUAGAUGCCAUUGUUGAAGGACCCAACUUUGAGUUUGCAACGGAAACUCACGAGGAACUUCUGUAUGACAAAGAAAAGCUGCUUGAGAAUGGGGACCGUUGGGAAACCGAGAUUGCGGAGAACCUCAGGUCUGAAAGCCUCUAUCGCUGAAUGUUUCAUCCGAUGUUUCUACCUGGCUGAUGCAUCAUCUUUACUUUUAAACGACGUGAACAAUAAAUAGACCUAUACAUGGGUCUUGGAUUUAAUGUGUAAUAUCCUUGGUUUGCAUUCUUCUUUUUGGUUAAAUACAUUCUGAUGCGAGGGAUUAAAGUUUUUUUUCGGAGCGGAAAUGAUAAAGAGGAUAGGCCAAGGAUUGGCGUCCGUGAUAU